ACCUUACUUGAGCUCAGAAAGGUUUCAAGAGUGCUACAGUAUUUUGUCUCCAAAAACAGUUCCAACUUACCCAAACAAAAAUGGCAAAAGUGAACUCCUGCUUGAGAGGACUGUUCAUCUUCAUUAAUAUAUUAAUGCUGGUUGCUGGGUGUACUUGUAUUUGGUUUGUACUGAGGCAAGUGACAUCUAAAAACAAUGUUGAGUCUGCAGAUAUAGCACAUAUGAAAACUGGGUUUAUUAUUGGAGGAGUGGUCACUGCCUUUCUUGGGUGUCUCGGAUUCUAUGGUGCCAAAUUAGAGAACAAACGUAUUCUGAAAGUGUAUUUUUUUGGAGUGGCUGUCUGUGUUAUAGCUCUUCUAGUUAUAGGAUUUUUAUUUGCUUCACAAAGGAAUCAGGCUUUUAAUUUGUUAAAGACUGAAUUUGAAAAGCAUCUUCCACUGUAUAAAAAAGGAUCAGAGAUGAGAGAUAUGGUGGAGGAAUUGCAGAAGAGUAGUGAAUGUUGUGGUCUUGUUAAUGGUUAUCAAGACUGGGGAGGGCAUAUUCCUGAGUCAUGUUACUGCAAGAGUUGGAAUUCAGACUGUGUUGCUAUAUUGGGUUCUUCAAACAAGGUAUAUAAAAAGCCUUGUAUCAAUGUCCUGUAUGGAUUUAUGGAGACUGGCUUCAAUUUCAUCCUUGGAAUUAGCUUUGGAUUUGCAGCUGUUGGGUUUGUUGUGAUGGCACUAUCGAUGGCCAUGAUCUGCCAGCUGAAGGAAGAAUCUACCUUUGCAAUGAAUGAGCUUCGUUCAAUGGCGUAGAACUUCAGAAUCCUGGCAUUUUAUAUAGUGUAAAAGAUUAGUCAAACCUCUUUUCAAGCUUUAUCUUUCAUGGAUGCUUACCUUUGUGUUUUUUGUUUUAUUGUUAUAUGUCACAAUGAAUGUGUUAUCAUGAGAAGCCAAUUGCUUCUGUGUGCUGUAGGUGUAGCACUUUAUGAGAAAGGAAUGGCAUGAAAUGCAAAUUCUAUGAAAAUGUUUCUUUGUAUUAACUGAUUCGGGCAUCACACCUAUUGUUUGACAAGCUUAGCUGACUUUUUGAUUCUCUCAGACAGAUGGACAUCACAAAAUGGACUCUGUUAAUGUUCAAAAUAUUCCUAAACCACUUUUGACCUUCUGUCCUUGUCAUUGUGUUUAUUGACAUUUAUGGUGAGACAUGACGUUAGCUGGCUCUGUGCUUGGAUUAUAAAAACACUUGACAAUUGUAUUUGAGAGUAAAGACAACAUUGAGUUUAUGUUCCUCCAUAUGGCUGUCAGAAAAAAACUUCAGAAUUUCUCUGUCUUAUGUUCUCUCAUCCCUACAUCUACAAUACCAUAUUGGAGUGGCACACUGAUGUGGUGUUUCACACCAGUGCUUUAGAGCUCCAUGGUUCUGGGUUAAGUGGCAUUUUAAAAGGUUUAUCGCUGGUACUCCUGAGGGUAAGAGUUAGGAAUCACAUGUCUGUUCUCCCCUCCAUUUCGUGCUUAGAUUUGAUAUAACAUUUAUUAUGAACGAUUCAGUGUUGGCACACAGGCCAAGUGAAACUGUUUUGGGAUUUACUGUAUAUUUUCAAUGCUCUUUGCUUUUUUCUUCAUUAAGUUAUGCCAGUUUGUGCUACUAGUACUUUUAGCUUUGUUUCACGUAUUUCAUAGAGGAUGUUUGAAAUGUUUUGUCAAAUCAAUACAUUCCUACUCUGGGCCUGGGCAUUCUUCCUCACCUUCCGGGACUGCUUGCCACAUGAGAUACUGAAAGACGCAGCCGUAAGAUUAGUCCGAGUUGGAGCAAGGUGGCAGUGCUCCAUGACAGCCUCCCUCCCUUGAAAAAGAACCAACCUUUUAUAUAGAUAAUUUUUUACACUCAUAAAUCUUUCUGUUAAACAUGAGGAGUGCAAUAAUAUAUGAGCAAAUGCAUAUUUCCAGUUAAAUGAAUGAAAAAAAAGUAAUUUUGUGCAAUGUUUUCAUCAUGGAAGUCUACCACUUGCUGACAUUUAAUUAUGGGUGAGAAAUUCGAUAAGGGAGGAUAAUAAAAUUACUUCUGAGAGAACAAAAAUAAGCUUUAUACAGUAGCAGUUACAUAAACAGGAGUGCGAGCUGAUGAUGAUGAUUGAUGAUGAUCAAACCCUCUGUAAUAUUGCUUUCCAUCACUGCCAUAAGCGUAUACUGUAGAUAAUGGGCAUCUCUUAAUUAAAAUGUUUUCUGCUUCUUCUGUAAUUUUAGCUCAACUCUUUGACUUUUUCAGGAUGUAAGUUGACUGAUCUCUGCAAAAAUCCAGAUUAUUCCAAAAUUGUAAAAUCCUUUUUUGCAUAUUUAGAGUACAUACUCUAAGUAUAUAAAAUGUAUAAAGGUCAGAGUCUAGCAAGUUAAAAAUAAGUCUUGAAUGUUGAGACGUACUGUAAAUCUCAAUAACAUAAAGAGAGUUACAAAAGAGAAGAAUCCAUUAGACACAUCCAGCUUGUGUGGAUGCCCAUAAUGAAUUGGUUUAGGCUAUCUGCUUCACUAAUGUGACUGAGCAGCUUUUUACAGACUCCAAUAUCUGAAUUCCAUUAUCCGUUUUAAACACAUUUCCCUUUAGUUUCUAUUUGUGUCCUCUGGGAUGUGUUUUUCACUGUGGAUCCUGGGGAAGUCCAUCAGGUUCUCAAAGAUUCUAAAUCCUGUACCUAGAUCAGCCUGCUCUGUUGAAAUCAGAUCCAGACAAGAUCCAACUCUUUUAGAUUGUAGGUGUAGGGUCUUAUUUUAGGUACAGGUAUGUACCUUAUCACUCUUUGUUGCCCUGAGUUUUUAAAUUGGAGAUGAGAACAAUAAUACAAUAUUUUAAAUUAGGUCUUAAAAAUUGCAAUUAUUGCUUCAUUUAAGUUAUGCACACCUAGCUAUACUGUAUAUUCCAACGCUUGUAUUUCCUGUUUCUAUUUUCCCAAACCCACCUAUUCUGUAACAAUGUAGUAUCUCAGUCUAUCUGGGUGUAUAGUAUUUGGGUCUUUAGUUUAUUGAAUAAAAAUAAUUAUUGCCAGUC